CUGAAAUUUUAAAGAUCUGAAGUGAAAUGAUAUGCUGUCACAAAAAUGACGUGAGUGUUUUGUUUGUUUUUUUUUAAUUACAAAACUUGAGACUGUUUAAGCAUUAAAUUCAGCAGUCCACCCUUUAGUUCACUUCAGAGGAAGAUUAAAUCAUGGACUCAGCUGUUCCCGAACAUUGUCCUGGUACUCAGAGUGAAAAUGCUGGCAAAGCUGAAGCUUGUGCUGGAUGCCCUAAUCAAAAUAUAUGUGCUUCUGCUACGGCCAAGGAACCUGAUCCAGAUGUUGAAUUAAUGAAGGAAAAACUAUCAACUAUUAAGCACAUUAUUUUGGUAUUAUCUGGAAAAGGUGGAGUCGGAAAAAGCACAUUUACCUCGAUUCUAGCUCAAGCAUUAGCUGAAGAUUCUAGCAAAAAUGUUGGAAUAAUGGAUGUGGAUUUAUGUGGCCCUUCCAUGCCAAGAAUAUUGGGAGUACAAGAUGAACCGGUUCACUUAAGUGGAUCCGGAUGGUCUCCAGUGUAUGUUGAAGAGAAUCUCUGUUUGAUGUCCAUAUCUUUCCUUUUACCCAGCCCUAAUGAAGCAGUUAUCUGGAGAGGACCAAAGAAAAAUGGUAUGAUUAAACAGUUUUUAAAAGAUGUGGAUUGGGGUGAGUUGGAUUAUUUGGUGGUUGACACUCCUCCUGGUACAUCAGAUGAACACAUGUCUGUAGUUCAGUAUCUUAAAGAUUGUAACUUGGAUGGUGCAGUAAUUGUUACUACACCGCAGGAAGCAGCACUUCUUGAUGUGCGUAAAGAAAUCAACUUUUGCCAGAAAGUAAAGCUACCUAUUUUGGGUGUUGUUGAAAAUAUGAACAUUUUUGUAUGUCCCAAUUGUAAGACAUCAACUGAAAUUUUUCCACCCACGUCUGGAGGAGGUGAAAAAAUGGCAGAAGAAAUGAAUGUUCCAUUUUUGGGGAAGUUACCUCUAAAUUCCCAAAUUGGAAAAGCUUGUGAUGAAGGUCGUUUGUUUUUUCAUGAAAAUAAUUUUCCAGCAGAAGAAUAUAUAAGAAAAAUUACACAAAGUAUAUUGAAAAACAUGAAGAAUUGAUACUUUCAAUGUCUAAGAAGUUUAAGGUCACACAAAUUUUGUAGGUAUGAAAGAAUUAAAACAUUUGAAAGCAAAUCAAGCUCUGAUAUGUAUGUUUGCUAGAAAACAAGAGCAACAAAUUUAUGAACUUAUGUAAAAUAAAAAUCUUUCAACUUGAAUGUUCUCUUGAAAAUAGGUUGGCACAGCUUAUGCAAUAGGAUCAUUUUGUCAUGGGUUAAGGAGAAUAGUAAUUUGGGACUUAGGGUCACAGAAACGUAACUACACCCAUACUUGGUUUGAGUUACAUUUGUGUGACCCUAAGCCCCCAAAUUCUUCACUUAAAGGGAGUAACUCUCUCCUCUGGUUUUAGAAAUACAUAAUGUACGAGUAUAAGUUGCUGCAAAGAUCAAAACUGGAAAAUGUCAAUAUUCACCAAUGAUUCACCGAAAAUAUUGUCUUUCGAUGAUGACUUUGCUGUGUGAAUGUUAUCAUUCAUUAGCUUA